UCAUUCCUUCUUCCCAUUCCAAACCAGAGCUUAACCCUUUCUGUUCUGUUCUGUUCUGUUCUGUCUACACCCAUCUCAUCUCAUCUCAACUCUCUCUUUCUCUCUCUCCAUAAUGGAAUUCCAAUCUCCGCCGCCGUCUCAGCCCACAACGCCGUCGCGAUUCAGGCGCAUCUGCGUGUUCUGCGGCAGCAGCGCCGGCAAGAACCCCAGUUACCAGCUCGCCGCUAUUCAGCUCGCCAACCAACUGGUUGAAAGGAACAUAGACUUGGUCUAUGGAGGUGGGAGCAUUGGCUUGAUGGGUCUCGUCUCCCAAGCUGUUCACAAUGGAGGACGCCACGUGUUAGGAGUGAUCCCUAAAACUCUAAUGCCAAGAGAGAUCACUGGAGAGACGGUUGGAGAAGUUAGACCGGUGUCGGGUAUGCAUCAACGGAAGGCCGAAAUGGCUAGGCAGGCCGACGCUUUCAUAGCCUUGCCUGGUGGGUACGGAACCUUGGAGGAACUCCUCGAAGUCAUCACUUGGGCUCAGUUGGGCAUCCAUGACAAACCGGUGGGUUUGCUGAACGUAGAUGGGUACUAUAACUCACUUCUGUCUUUCAUAGACAAAGCAGUGGAUGAAGGAUUCAUCACUCCAGCUGCCCGUCACAUUAUUGUGUCUGCCCAGACUGCCCAGGAACUCAUGUCUAAGCUCGAGGACUAUGUUCCCAAGCACAAUGGGGAUGCCCCAAAGCUAAGCUGGGAGAUGGAGCAACAGCUAGGGUACACAACCACCAAAUCCGAAAUUGCACGUUGAGACCUCUUCUGAUCAGGCAGGCGCGUUUACUAACGGGAGAAAUUAAAUUCUCUAUUUUUCUGGGGAUAGUAAACAGAUAUUACGUUUACUUUACAUUUCUCCGAUUUAGAAAAUAGAAAACGGAGAGUGAAAAAAAAUUGAAGAAUUGAAGUAAACGCAGUCUAAUCUUUGUACAGGAAUUUAACAAUUUUUGUUCAUCCAUGCAUGCAAUGCAAGAUAAUGUAGAUGAAAAGCUCCAAGAACUUAUGAUAUUACUCGUAUUAGUUACUUAUAAAUCAUUACUUCGAGUAAGUUAUAUCAUUCGGAAUAUGAUAGUGUGAUUAGCAAUAUCCUCUGUUUUUUUUUAACUAGUUUGAUUUUUUUUCCUAGUAUGAAUUAGGGAAUAUAUGUAUUAUUGUUGUAUUCUGUAUAUGAUUUUGAUGUUGUGUACAUUUGAUUGUAGUCCUAUGAAUCUAUGAUUGAUGGUUGUCUUCUUUAAA